AUGACAUCUCCAUGGCAGAGCACGCCACAGACCGGCGGGGCGCUUAUCGAACCGGACGACGAAGAGAACGCCGGGACGAUCGACGGGCAGAACAUUCCAGCACAGAAUCAAGACGCACCAGGCCCGUACUGGAAUCGCGUCUGGCCGGAUGGUGUCGUGAUACCGCCUCCCCCAGUCUAUUACCAACAGCACUACGACCCUCAAUAUCAGUAUCACUAUCCUGAGCCUAUUCCGCAACAACCACCGCCAGACCCUGUGCCUUUUUCACCGCACGAUGCCGGCCAAGCCCAGCAGGCCAACCAAGAGUACAGCCAAACGCAACCACACGUCGACGAAGGCUUGGACCUCACCUCACCAUCAGUCGCCCAUCCGCCGCCGCAGCAAAGCACGAAUUAUACCCAGCCCAACACGUCUCAUGCUCCCCAUGACCAUGCCGGGAAGCCUACCUCAGAACCAGCUUUCCAUCCCAACCCACAGUUCCAGGACCGCCCACGAUGCGAGGUAUGGCCUCUCACAUACCGAUCAGUCCACGGCUACUUCAAAGUUAUCUGGUGCGUCCAGAUCGAAGGCCAGAGCCACUACCAGUACCAGCCCCCCAACCUCGAAGAGCUCGCGCGCCACUACCACCUGCUGUAUUUCCCGGACCAGGCUAGCCACGACGCUCAGUUUAGUCAGCCGGGGCCGUGA